AAUUUUUCGUCAGUGCUUGAUUUUGUGACAGUCGCCGGAAAAUAACAGUGCUUGUUGAAUGUCGUGGUGAAAAUUAAUUUACGUGUUUUUUUUUGACAAUUUUUCCACAUUAAAGAUGAAAAAAUUGUUCUUUGCCCUUGUGGGCGUAUUUUUAAUUAUCGGUUUUGCUCAUGCUGAUACAAUUGAGGAAAAUGUAGGCACCGUUGAGAAUGAUUUAGGCGCUAGUAAAGAGGCAUCAAGAACCGAUGCCGAGGUCGUGCAAAGGGAAGAGGAGGCAAUAAAAUUAGACGGACUGAACGUUGCACAACUAAAGGAACUUCGUGAGAAAUCGGAGAAAUUCACAUUCCAAACGGAAGUGAAUCGAUUGAUGAAACUUAUUAUUAAUUCAUUGUACAGAAAUAAGGAAAUUUUCCUUCGUGAAUUAAUUUCAAAUGCCUCUGAUGCAUUGGAUAAAAUUCGUUUACUCUCACUCACGGAUAAAAAUGUACUUGACUCGAAUCCCGAAUUGGCAAUAAGAAUAAAGGCAGAUAAGGAAAAUAAAAUACUGAGCAUCACCGACAGUGGUAUUGGUAUGACGAAACAGGAUUUGAUAAAUAAUCUUGGAACAAUCGCAAAAUCGGGAACUGCCGAAUUUUUAAGUAAAAUGCAAGACGCCAAGGAUAUGAAGGAAAUGAACGAUAUGAUCGGUCAAUUUGGCGUUGGUUUCUAUUCGGCAUUUUUGGUCGCCAACAGUAUUGUCGUCACGACCAAGCACAACGAUGACAAGCAAUAUAUUUGGGAAUCGGACAGCGCCAGUUUUAGCAUUAUCGAAGAUCCCAGGGGUGAUACUCUCAAACGUGGAUCAACAAUCAGUUUGCAUUUGAAGGACGAGGCGCUCGACUUCCUGGAGGAAGACACAAUUAGAAAUCUCGUGAAGAAAUACUCGCAGUUCAUCAAUUUCCCUAUUUCGCUCUGGGGCAGUAAGACAGUGCAAGUUGAGGAAGAGGACGAGGAGGAAAAGCCCGAGAAAGCAGAGGAGAAAACCGAGGAUGAGACCGAGGACGAAAAGAAAGACGACGAGGAGGAAGAUGCAAAAGUCGAGGACGAUAAGGAGGAGAAAGAGAAGAAGAAAAUCGACAAAACUAUCUGGGACUGGGAAGUAUUGAACGAUUCAAAGCCAAUUUGGACCACAAAACCUUCUGAAAUCAAGGAGAAGGAAUACAACGAUUUCUACAAAGUCCUCACCAAGGACAGUGACGAUCCAUUGACACACAUUCAUUUCAUCGCCGAGGGCGAAGUCACCUUCAAAUCUCUCCUCUACAUUCCCAAAGUUCAACAAACCGACAGUUUCAGUCGCUAUGGAACGAAAUCCGACAAUAUCAAACUAUACGUGCGUCGUGUUUUCAUCACCGAUAAAUUCAACGACAUGAUGCCAAAUUAUCUGAAUUUUAUUCGCGGUAUCGUUGACAGUGACGAUCUCCCUCUGAACGUAUCGCGUGAAGAUUUACAACAACACAAAUUGAUAAAGAUCAUCAAGAAAAAGAUGAUUCGUAAAGUUCUUGAUAUGAUUAAGAAAAUACCGAAAGAGGAGUACGAGACUUUCUGGAAGGAGUACAGUACUAAUAUCAAAUUGGGAGUAAUUGAGGAUUCGUCGAACAGAGCAAAAUUAUCGAAGUUGAUGCUCUUCAAAUCGUCGGUGGGUGAGAAUAAAACGAAUCUUAUGGACUACGUGGCUAGAAUGAAACCAAAUCAGAAGCAUAUUUACUACAUCGGUGGACUUAACGAGGAGGAGACUAAAACUUCCCCGUUCGUCGAGCGUCUAGUCAAGAAAGGCUACGAAGUCCUCUAUCUAAUUGAACCAGUCGACGAGCACGCCAUCUCAACCCUUCCCGAAUUCGAGGGCAAAAAAUUCCAGAACGUCGCCAAGGAAGGUUUCGUCCUCGACGAGGGCGAGAAAGCAAAGGAAAAAAUGGAACAAUUGAAAACAACAUUCGAACCCCUGGUGAAAUGGUUGAACGACGUCCUCAAGGAACAGAUCAACAAGGCACAAAUUUCCGAACGAUUAACCGACUCCCCAUGCGCAUUGGUUGCCAGUAUGUUCGGAUGGACGGGAAAUAUGGAACGUUUGGCGACGUCCAAUGCCCAUAAGAAGGCCGACGAUCCACAGACCUCGUACUAUCUUAAUCAGAAGAAAACUCUGGAAAUUAAUCCCCGUCAUCCAUUGAUUAGGGAAUUAUUGAGGAGAGUCGAGCAGGAUCAGAGCGAUCAGACGGCGAAGGACAUGGCGACAAUGAUGUUCCGAACAGCGACAUUACGCUCCGGUUAUAUGUUGCGUGACACGCAAAAUUUUGCCGACAGUGUCGAGCAAUUGAUGAGAAAAACAUUGGGAAUUCCUCUUGACGAGGUGCCCGAGGAGGAGGAAGACGACGAUUACGAUUCAGCCGAGAACGAUAAGUCUGAAGAGCCCGAAAUCGGCGCCGACGAUGAUAAGCAAACAGUCGAGGACGAUCACGAUGAACUCUAAAGAGAGAUUUGUCAAUUUUUAACAUUUUUCAAAUUCAAAUUGUUCGGAACUUGAUUUUUCCAAUCGAAAGUAAUUAAUUAAUUAACGACAAAUAUUGUUCAGAAAUCGAUUUUUUUCAAUCGAAAUUAAUUAAUUAACGACAAAGUUAUCAGAAUUUGAUUUUUUUUCAAUUGAAAUUA